GUGAAGAAUAUAAAAGUCCACAGUAGGUGAGGUUGGCCAGGUGAGGAUUGUCUGCUGCAAUGUUUACUGAGAGGAAGAGGAGCCACCAUGGACAGUGUUGGCAGUGAUGAGGCUGUUAUUGCCACUAAUGAUGACGCCAGCUCCUGUAAGAGGUGUGCCGUGGCUCUUGGUUACUGGAGAGACAGAUACAUCAGUUAUUUUGUCAGGUCUACAGAUCGUAAAGCUCCUGAGAUCAACCGGGGUUACUUUGCUCGGUCUGUGGCUAUCAAGAUGCUUGUUGAUAAAUUUAUAGAGGUCACAAAUGGGAAUUGUCAGAUUGUAAAUAUUGGAGCUGGUUUUGAUACCUUAUAUUGGAGACUAGUUGAUGAAGGGAAGUCAGUCAAAGGCUUUGUGGAGCUGGAUUUCCCUGGUGUCACGUCACGAAAGUGUCUCUACAUUCAGCGAACAAAGCAACUUCUACAGGCCAUCAGUGAUGAAGAUUAUGAUGUCAAACUCAAUAGGAAUAAUCUUCAUGCCCAUACCUACAAACUAACUGGUGUUGAUCUUAGAAAUAUCACUGAUGUUGAGGCAAAAGUCAAGGAGUCUGACCUAGAAUAUUCUUUACCAACUUUGUUCUUGGCUGAGUGUGUCCUUGUGUACAUGACCAUACAGAAGUCCUCGCAGCUCAUGAAGUGGAUUGCUGAAAAAUUUAAAUCUGCAUUUUUUAUUAAUUAUGAAAUGGUUAACUUGGGCGACAGAUUUGGGGAAGUGAUGCUGAGCAACUUGCGAUCACGAGGUUGUGAUCUAGCUGGUGCCGAGGCCUGUCAGAGCACCGAGACACAGAGAAAGAGAUUUCUGGAUGCUGGAUGGGCCGGAGCAGAUUCAUAUGACAUGAUUGGCAUAUGGGCUCGAUUGCCACCAGAAGAAAUAGCAAGAGUAACUCAAAUUGAGCUUUUGGAUGAACAAGAGCUUCUUCACCAGCUUUUCAGCCACUAUGCCAUCACCACUGCCUGGACAGAUCAUCGAUGGUCUGAUGUCCAACUGUAGCUCUUAAUUUAGCACUGUACUCUGCAUUCAUCUCUGCCUUAUCAAAGUCUCCUUUGUGUCGGUGGGUGAUGGACUCGGGCAGCCAAUGCAUUAAUGUCACCAAGAACAUUAAAGAAUGGUCAUUAAGAUAUUGUGUAUUCAUACAGUUGCAGUUUGGUAAUAGUAUUUUGCUAAACUGUCAAGAGAUGAAGCUAUCUUGAGCACUGUAAUUUUCAAAAUUUAGUUGUGUUAAAGUAUUAAAUAGACUUUGUAUUAUUAUUUGUUCUAUUGUACUGGGGCUUUGUAAGCCACUGCUUCUUCAUUUAAUUUAGGCCAUUUAAGAGUUUACACUGAUGCUUUAAAUGUAAUACUAUUUAGAGUUGAUUUGACCACUAGUAGUGUGAUCAUGAACCACAGCUGAGACGAGACAUACAGACAGCACUUGUGAGGUUCACAAGUUUCUAAUUUUCACAGGUAAAACUAAAUUUACUCAAAUUACUGUAGGUACAUAGAUACAACAAGUGGCUAAUUUUACAUAAAGCCAAAAUAUAUCAUUCUGACACUGGAGCUUUGACACAUGGCUGAGGCAGAAAAUAUGGUUUUGUGUGUUCUACAAUAUAUCUCCUUUGUGACCUCUUUAUUAGCAUGUCUAAGUUAGUAUGUAAUAAAAUCAUUAUUUUUAUUAAAUUUAAAUUCCACAAGUAUGUUCUUUACCACCUAAAGAAUCCUUAAAUUGUCUUGCCUUUAAUAUUUAAGGAAGUUUAAAAUUAAAAUUUCAUGAAAUUUUAAUGUCAUUAUUUUCUAGAUAAAUUUACCAAUUAUAUGCAAUAGAAUUGGAAAAUAUAAAUACAUUUAACACAAGGAGAACUACUGUAGUACUAUAAUUAUAUAGAGAAAGUAGAAGUCACUAACUGAAACCUAUUUACUUAUUGAUGUAGUACAGUAUUUAGUUUUAUUGCAUAAGUAAUGGAUCAAUAAAUAUUAUAUAAUGUACAGGUAAAUGUUUUGAGAACAAGUUAUUGUAAUCUUUCUCUGUUUAACAAUUUGCCAUGGCUUUUUUUUUUAUUAGAUAUGAUAAAAUUUUCUCAGCUCUGGUAAGUGUUGCAGAAAGUAAUGUUUAUUCACUCAAGGAAAAUUGGUUAAAUUGUAGAUUUAUUUUUCUGAAGUCUCAUUUACUCAUUACAGCAUUUAUGGAAUAAGUUAUUAAUGUGGACUGUAGCUUCUUGUCCUGUGUAAUUUGCUAGUAUAUUUAUUAGGUAACCUUUAUGUAGUACAGGUAUUAUCAUUAUUACUUCUUACAUUAAUGUCACUAAACCUAAUACUUUUUUUAUUUCUGUAUAUUGUAUUAUAAUAUCUUUACAUUAAAGUAAUUAAUAUAUUUAGUUUCAGUGCUGUACAGUCGUGUUGGUAUGACCAUACAAACUACCUGCAGUUUAUUUGGACGUUGGCUCCUUAUAAGUGUAGUCACAAUAAUUUGGUUCUGGUUUAUAUAUAUAAACAGUAGAAUCCCAGUUACCUGGUAUCUGGGCAACCAGUAGAUUCAACUAAGUAGCACCAAAAUGUAAUAAUAAUGAUGAUAAUAAUAAUAAUACAGUAAUAAUAAAAAUUCCUCCCAAAUCAGUUAGUAUUGUUAGUUUGAAUACCAUGUGCAACGGGGAUGAGCUGCCUUAUUUAUUGCUAUGAUAAACAAUAAAGUCAAUACAUAGCAUUGCAUAAAAUACAAUAGCACAUAUUUUAUGUGCUAAAACAGCUUCUUCCACACUCAAACCUCUGAAUUAUGCAACCCACUUCAGCCAUGCAGUCAACCAGUUGACUCAAAGGCGUGUGGCUGCUCUGUGGCGCUCUGUGUAUGCCAUGAUGUCACAUCGGGAGGGAGCGUGGCCACACAGUUAUAGCUCAUUGCCUCCACACACAUCCACACCCAUGCUCUUCAUUUUUCAUAUUUUAUAGUUUAAUAUUUUCUUUAUUUCUAAGUCACAUUAGAGUGUUGCUAUGAGUUCUUAAUAGCUUCUAUAGUUUUAUUACAUGUAACAAUAAACACGGCAGCUGGAGUGGCGAGUCGACAACGUAGGCCACCACACACACACACACACACACACACACACACACACACACACACACACUUUUCACUUUUCUUAUGUAUUAGUUUUAUAUGUUCUUACUUUAUAAGCCACAUUAGAAUACAGUAUUGUAAUGAUUUUUCCACAACUUUUAUGGUUUCAUUACAAGUACAGGUACUGUAUUGUAGUAACAAUAUAUGAAGCUGGCGAGUCAGCCACGUAGUUAUAGCCAAGGCCUGGUUAUAACUGUAUUCAUUCAUGUUCACUUCUCACAUAUACACAUUCAUGUUCUUCAUUUUUAUUAUUCUAUAUUAUAUUUUUUUAUUUCUAAGCCAUAUUAGAGUACUGUACUGUACUGUUAUGUUUUUCCUCAACAAAUUUAGUUUCAUUACGUGUAACUAUAAAUGUGUUUGCUGGGUUGGCGAGUCAGCGUAGUUCACUUCCCACACAUAUAAUACACCCAUGCUCUUCAUUUUUAUUUUAUAGUUUUUUAUUAUAUUUUCUGUAAUUCUAAGCCACGUCUUUUAUAUAGAGUGGAAUAAGUGUUAAAGAAGUCCAUUUUUCUGAGACACGAAUUUGCUAGGUCAACCUGUAGCAUUGUGUUUUGUAGGAUUUAUUAGGGGAUCCGAAGAGUGACUUUCAACUUACCGGAAAAACUGUUUAUCUGGCACCUCUCAAUCCCCGGAGGUGAUGGAUAACUGGGAUUCUACUGUACAGUACAGUGUAUGGGUGAUUAUUUUGGUUGCCACAAUUUUUUGUGGGAAUAUGUACAAUGUGUGUUUUAUAUGUUAAGGCUGUGUAAAACUAUAUUGUUACUGAAAAAGAAAAAGUGAUGUAAAAAACCCAUGAUUUAAAAUCCUAUGUAGCUUCUGUGAUAAAAUGUUUACUAGCUUGUGUGGUAGCAGGAA